UUUUUUCCACAAAAAAAAAGUUUUCUAUUUGUCUAUUUCAAGAAGUGUGAUCAACCAACACCAUUUUUACUACAUUUAAGAUAUAAAUAUUAUGAUUUAUGAAUGUGGACGAAAUCUAUUAAUCUUGAGGUGAUACUCAUUUGUUUUCUGUCACUUAUACCAUGGCCAGCGCCGAGCGUAUUCAAAAUAUCAUGUUCACGCGAUAGUUCGCGUGUCGUACGAAAAAUCGUGCAAACUAGAUGGCUUCCAAUUCUUGAAAAAUACCAGGUAAAAUUGCCAUUGGAAUGUCCGUUCCAUCCGUUGCGCGAGAUAUUUGCACCGCAACAGGCCGCCAAAACACAAAACCGUCGUAACCAAUGGAGUUGCAAUUUUUGCGGAAAGAGUUUUUUCGAAGAGAAAUACUUGGACAUGCAUUUUGAUGCUCGACACAAUACAAUUAUCAAUUCGGCCGAAGAUGCAGUUUGUUUGGCCAACUAUUGCGAUAUAAUGCGAUGCAAGGUGUUGUUGUCAAAAGACAGUACACUCUCAUUUGGCGAAUCAACGAUAUCAACGGACAUUGAGAUAUGGAGUGAAGCAACCGCGUAUCGCACUGCAAUGAGUGCAUCUGGACCAAGAUCAUUAGCCAAAUUACCACAUAGACAUUUUUUACCCUCUCUACUACAACUAAAUUCCGAUGAACCAGAUCAUGAUGACUCUAAUGCUGAUAAUGCAUCAAAUGGGUGUUUGAAAAAUUGUGAUAAUAUGGCAUGCGAACAAGAAAACACAAAUGAUGAUGCUACACCAAAUGAGCAACACGAUAAAAAUCACAAUCACGAUGAGAACGAUAAGUCAGCAGAAAAUGAUUGUAACGCGACUAAUUCGGGCGACGAAACAUUGGUUGAUUCAUCUCUACCUCCAGUUGAUAAAAAGAAACAACGAAUUACCGAAUUUCAGCGAAUGAAAGCCAAUUGCAAACCAGAUGAAUUAGAAGAGUUGCAAUUAAAAUGUCAGAGUCUGGUGCGAGACUGCAUUGGAGGACUGCUUAUACAACUGUCUAAUGAUGAUUUCAAAGCAAUGGAAGAUGAGUUGAAUCGAGCCGUUUGUUGGUAUUUAACAUGUGAUCGAUAUUUCGAAGACGGCCCAAUCGAACAACGAGCUUUCCCAUGGGGAUUAGUAUUCAUAUUAGUUCUACUUCUAUCGUUUGGUGUUUGUUUUUGUUAUUACAUAAUUUGGAUAUUAUUCGACUCUGAUGAUCACAUGAGUCCUCCGCCAACAAUGCCAACCAGCAAUUAUAUGCAAAGUAUGCAAAGUGGUGGUCAGACACAUAUGAGUCCGACACAUCAUCAUAUACAUAAUCAGCAAGCAUACCACCAGCAUCAAUCGCACUACCCUAGCGGCACCAUAACACCGUUAUUACAUACAACAACGCAUCCACAAUCUCACCUAAGCGGCCAUAAUCCAUCGGCAUCAAUGUCCAAUAUUCCCGUUUCUGUAUCCGUUAAUCCGAUGCCAUCGUCACGAUCGACCACACCAGCCAGUGGCUAUCCAGAUGAAUUUUAUACGGCACACGAUUUCAAUGAUCUCAGCCAAAGCGAACAUUACAUUUAUGUAACCUACCCAGCCGACUUGAAGCGAAAGUUGCUUGAAAGCUGCUACAAUCGAACAACACGUCUGUGAAUAAUAAAAAUGAGAAUAAAAUUAAAUUAUAUAACGUACUAUUUUCACCCACGAAUAUAUCCACGACCUAGGAAAGUCUAGAAAAAUUAUACCAGUUUUAUGGCAGAAUCUUUCUUCAUUUUUAUUUUCAUUCGCUUAUCAAAUGCUGCAACAUUUUGCAUUUUGUAUUUAUUUUAGCUACGUAGGUAUCAUGUAGUUUACUACUGUACACCGUACACUAUAUAGCUCAAUUUCUGUUCAGAAAGAAAAAAUUUGGACACAAAACUGGGAACCAAAUUAUUUUAGUCUAUACUAGGGUGAAACAUUUUUGGCCCAAUUUGGUGGCCACUUGGGAAAACAUGUCUUAUAGUCCCCAGAUUCAAGAUAUGAAGGAAUUUUCACCUUUAUUUUUAGUCGAAAUUUCAUCAAACUUGAUGAUAUUACUUAUCUUGGUCAGAAAAUAAGAUUCACAAGUUUUCAUGGUGAUUGGGUCACUGCAAUUUUUCAUGAUUUUCCAGUAAAAUGUACCUCCUUUCCUUUCAAGUCGCUGUCUUAUAUGGAACCGCACGUUGAAAAUUCCUUCAUAUCUUGAAUCUGGGGACUAUAUGACAUGUUUUCUCAAGUGGCCAUCAAGAUAUGGCUCGAAAUUCAAAAAAAUGUUCCACCCUAGUCUAUACUCGCUCAAAGUAUAGGUUUUAGUUCAUAGAACAAUGCUCAUUUCAUAUCCAAUUAUAAAUAUGCUCAUAUUAUAUAUUUAGUUGAUUAAACACCAAAAA